ACGGUGCAGAGACCCAGAAGAGAAGUCCUAUUGUGGAAGGAGCAAGUGGCGGUGGUCGGAUCGGCGUUGAAUCGAGAAUAAGAAAACUGAAUUGGAAGCAUACGGAGGCUGCAGUGCGAUGGCGGCUCUGAAGGAACUACAGCGUGACCUAGAGAACAAGGCUAGCGAUCUCAACAAGCUUCAGAAAGAUAUAGCAAAGAAUCAUCAAGUUCGGAAGAAGUACACUAUCCAGCUUGGCGAAAAUGAGCUUGUACUCAAGGAACUGGAUUUAUUGAAUGAGGAUGCAAAUGUGUACAAAUUGAUCGGUCCAGUGCUGGUGAAGCAGGACUUGGCUGAGGCCAAUGCUAAUGUUCGAAAAAGAAUCGAAUACAUCUCUGCUGAAUUGAAGCGGCUAGAUGCUACUCUUCAAGAUUUAGACGAAAAGCAAAAUAGCAAGAAAGAAGCGAUUUUCAAGGUUCAACAAAGAAUUCAAUCUUUGCAAACAGGAAAAGGCAAGGCAUAAAGUGUGGGCGAGUGAAUUUAGUUUCCAGGUGAUUGAUCCAGAUAGUUCUGAGCAUAAACAGUCUCACUUGUUUGAAUUGCAAAGUUUUUUAUCGGUAAAUUAUCAUUUUGUAGUAUACUGGCGAGGAUAAUGAUGUUCAAAUUUAUAGAUCCAUCCAAAUUGCGUGUGUGGAUUACUUGAUUUUCUGUUGAAUGGUAUCAUUCAUUCGAGUUUUUCUAA